CAGACUACAAUUUAGCGAACAACACCACGAGACACGACACACCUGGCUGAAUCAUCGAAUCUUCUGUUUUUAAUUUUUGAAAAUGUAGAAAAAUACUAGAAACCAUCGGUAAAACCUACAAGGAAAUAGAUUGUGCACUUCUCCAUGGACAUUCCACUAUUUUGGCAGCGGCGCAACAAGUCACGUGAUCAACAGCAGGACCUUCAUAAAAAGAAGAAGAUACCAAAACGUUUUACUGUGUAGCGCAGUUCUUUAUAGACAGACCCUUGGCUUUUUUUUUUUAAAAGUGUGUCUGCAGCAGGUCAACACUGUGGGCUUAUUAUUAUUAUCCCUGAAGAAGAAGAAGAAGGUGCUGUUGCUGCUGGAUAACAGAAGGAGGAACGCCAGGUGUGUCGCGUGGCAUCGCCUCAGGGGUUAUCAUAGGUUAAAUGGGCAGCAGCAGCCAACUGAAGAAUAACAAGAGGAAGCGGUCAAGAGUAAGAAGAAAUAGAGGCAGCUGGAUAACGUCUGGCUGUCGCCCGGUUAGAGAGAUAGAGAGCUAAAGGCGCGCGUAUAUGCCUCCUUCCGAAACUUUUAAAAAAAUAAUAAGAGGAUGCCGACAAUUGAUGGGGGGCUGGUUCGAGAAGGGGGGGUUCCAAGUAGCUGGGCUGGAUGGAUAAGAGUCCAGCAGCAGAGAGCCUAAAAAGAGAUGGGGAGGAGAGACGUUAAAGUCAGGUCGUUCAAUCGUCGAUUCACUCAGUUCUUCUCUUGGUGUUACACCGUUCAGGUGUCUCUCACUCUCUCCCUAUCGUAUCAAGUUUGUUAAAACAAACCAUACCCGGUAUACUUUUGAAAUCUUAAACAGCUCCGUUACGCUUGCAAGACUCUUCAAACAUUUCAGUGUCACCAUUUUUCCAAGAAAAGAAAAAACCCGACCGACCGACCGACCGCAACCGAAAAAAAAGGAAAAAAGAACAAAACCAAAUCAUGUCGUUGCUCCGGGAUCUUCAUCAUCACGACUGUUCCAUCCCUCUUUACGCCAACGUGAAAGAUGACAGUAUCCUGACGUGUUCGGAUGACGACGAGACCAGCAAUUCCAUGGAGUUCAGUAAGGUGUACCCGGAAUCGUCUUCGCAGAAAACCAUCUUCAGCUCGGUCGUCUAUUGCAUCCACCGCAAAGAAGGAUGCGAUUGGAAUGGAGAAUUGCGCAAGCUCAAGGCUCAUUUGCUGUCGUGUACACUGGACGCCAUUCCGUGUCGGAUGCAGUGCGGCCAGCAAGUUUCCCGUCUGGCCCACGACGAUCACGGCCGAAAUUUCUGCCCAAACCGGCGCCAGAUUUGCGAUUACUGCCAAGUCGAAUUCAACGGUCUCCAAUACGAUAGUCACGUCGGCACCUGCACGAUGGAGCCGGUCUACUGCGACAACAAGUGCGGCCAGAAAGUCAGCCGCAAGCAGAUGAUGCAGCACAAGGCCAUCGAGUGCGCCAAGCGCCUGGUGGCUUGCCGCUACUGCGCCAAAGAUUUCGGCUUCGACACGCUGCCGGCCCAUCACGCCAAGUGCGGACGCUUCCCCAUCGCCUGCCCCAACCAGUGCGACUCGCCAAAAGUCGUCCGCGAAGAACUCGAGUCACAUCUCAAAGACAACUGCCCGGCUCUCAUGGUCUCGUGUCCUUUCAAAGAGGCCGGAUGUCGAUUUAAGGGUCCUCGAUUCUCGUUGGACAAACACCAAGAAGAAGGGAUGAAGCAGCACCUGCUCCUGAUGUGCGGGCUGGCCAGCCGGCAGCAGCAGCAGCUUUCGACGUUGCGCUCGAGCGUCUCGCGUGUGUCGCUCAACUAUUCGGGCACUUUCCUGUGGCGCAUCAACGACGUCCAGACCAAAAUCGCUGAAGCUCGAAUCAAGGAGGGUUUCGAGCUCAUCUCGGCUCCUUUCUACACCAGCCAGUACGGAUACAAAUUGCAGGCGUCAUUGUUCUUGAAUGGUAACGGGUCGGGAGAAGGAGCUUACGUCUCCAUUUACAUCAAAAUCUUGCCGGGAGAGUACGACGCCCUUCUCAAGUGGCCUUUCUCUCACACAGUUUCGUUCACGCUCUACGACCAGGCCGCCAAUCCCGACAAGGCGUGUAACAUCGUCGAGAGUUUCAUUCCCGAUCCGACGUGGGAGAACUUUCAGCGGCCGUCGCGCGAGCCCGACGCUCUCGGAUUCGGAUUCCCGCGCUUCGUCUCGCACGAAAUGCUCAAGAAGCGUCACUUUGUCAAGGACGACGUUCUCUUUCUCAAAGUCCGCGUCGAUCCGGCCAAAAACAUGGCCGUCUAGUUAAAUUCCAAUUUCGACAUUUUUCCCUUCAAACCAAAUCGAAUUUUUACACUGACGAAAACAAAAAGAUUCAUUUCCUCCUAUUUUAUCCUCCGACAUCCCAACUUCCCCCCUUUUUUUUAAAUCUGGAAAGAUUGUUCCUUCGUCAUCAUUGCUAAAUGUUUUGUACAUUUUUAUACAUAAUUAAAUAAAUACACCUGCCUACCAAAUUCAAUUCUUAAACCAUCAGCAACAGCAGUUGAUUCUCAUUUUGGUUUUUCUAUUUUUUGUCUUUUUGUUAUGGGACUAAAAGUAUUUCUUUCUUUUUUCAGAGUUUCAUCAUUAGUUUUGCGUAGUUUUUUGUGCGUCUCGGCGGUGAAUCAAGCGUUAGGAGCGGGAGGGAGGUUUAAAACUUCAUUUCCUUUUUUGUUUCCCUCACCACUUGGUUUAUCCAAUGACAACUAAACAAACUAGAGAAACCACUUUGAAAGAUGAGCCGAUAGAGGCAAAAGACGUUGGCUGGAAAA